CGGAGGCAAAGCCAGGGCAAAGGCAAAGACUAGAUCAUCCCGCGCCGGACUUCAGUUUCCCGUUGGCCGCGUUCACAGACUCCUCCGUAAAGCUGGCUGUCCGCAACGACGAAGAGCUGAACAAACUCCUCGGUGGUGUCACCAUCGCUCAGGGCGGUGUGUUGCCCAACAUCCAGGCAGUACUUCUUCCCAAGAAGACCGAGAAAGCCGUCAAGUCCAAAGAAGGAAACAAGCAGCAUGGCCAGGACCAAGCAGACCGCGCGUAAAUCUACCGGUGGCAAAGCCCCGAGGAAGCAGCUCGCCACCAAGGCAGCCCGUAAGAGUGCGCCAGCCACCGGUGGCGUGAAGAAGCCCCAUCGUUACAGGCCGGGCACCGUGGCUCUGAGAGAGAUCCGUCGCUACCAGAAGUCGACUGAGCUGCUGAUCCGCAAGCUCCCCUUCCAGCGUCUGGUCAGAGAAAUCGCCCAGGACUUCAAGACUGACUUGCGGUUCCAGAGUUCCGCUGUGAUGGCUCUGCAGGAGGCCAGCGAAGCCUACCUGGUCGGUCUGUUCGAGGACACCAACUUGUGCGCCAUCCACGCCAAGAGGGUUACCAUCAUGCCCAAGGACAUCCAACUGGCCCGCCGCAUUCGCGGAGAGCGCGCCUAAAUGUAAUUUGACUACAACAUCCCCAAAGGCCCUUUUAAGAGCCACCUCAUUAUCUAUGAAAAGACAAAGUCCUUCCGUUUCCUUGCAUGCUUGUAGUAUGUGAAACAACAUGAUUUAAACGCAUGCUCGAUACCAAGCUUACACAGACCUAGAUAACGACCCAUUUAUUUGAAUCAGGUGUGUUGGAGCAGGGAAACCUCUAAAACAUGCAGGACAG